CGCGUUGAACUGUGGGAUUGAAAUUUUGAAACGACAACAAACUUCUCCCCCUUCUGUAUUUGUACACAUCACUGUCCGUAUUAUUGAUGGUCCUGUCGUUGCACCGCCACGCCAGAGAGAGAGAGAUGGAAAACGUUCACCUGGCGGUGGAGGAGGAGGAUCUUUAUUCCGGUUACAACGACUAUAAUCCCACAUUUGACUCCGAGGAGUUAGAGAAUGAUGUGGGCUUCCAGCAAGCAGUGAGGACAAGUCACGGAAGAAGACCUCCGAUGACUGCAAAAAUUCCUGGCACCGCCAUUGGAGCUCGGCCCUUAGCUACUUCCUUUGGAGCUCGGGUCCCUGUAGCCUCUUCAAUGGGCCGACCCAUGACUGGAGCUGUGCAGGAUGGAGCGGCCCGACCGAUGACCGCCGUCAGGGCGGCGGGUUACACCUCCUCCAUGACCCGGGGCUCCACCUUUGACCCUCUGGGCCAGUCCAGAGGCCCUGCAGCUCCACUUGAAGCGAAGAACGAGGACACUCCCGAGGAGAAGAUCAAGAUCCUGGAGAAGAAAGUGAACGAGCUGAUAGAAGAGAGCUGCAUGGCGCAGAGCACCGGAGCCUUACAGCUGGCUCUUGAGAAGGCCAAAGAGGCAGGGAGGAAGGAGAGAACCCUGGUGAGACACAGGGAGAAGUCUGGCAACGGGGACCACAUCAAUCUGGACCUCACCUACUCCGUUUUGCUCAACCUUGCCAACCAGUAUGCGAACAACGAGAUGUUUCCAGAGGCCUUGAACAGCUACCAGGUCAUCGUGAGGAACAAGAUGUUUAGUAACGCAGGCCGCCUGAAGGUCAACAUGGCCAACAUCUACGUCCGACAGAAGAGCUACCCGAAGGCCAUCAAGUUCUACCGCAUGGCCCUGGAUCAGAUCUCCAACGCCCACAAGGAGAUGAGGAUUAAGAUCAUGCAGAACAUCGGCGUGGUCUUUGUGCGCAUGGGCCAGUACUCGGACGCCAUCACGUCCUUCGAGCACAUCAUGAGUGAGAGCCCCAACGUCAAGACGGGCUUCAACCUCAUCCUGUGCUACUACGCCAUCGGGGACCGCGAGAGGAUGAAGAAGGCCUUCCAGAAGCUCAUCUCCGUCCCCCUGGGCGUGGACGACGAGGACAAGUACAUCCCGUCCAGCGACGAGAGCGACUCUGAACUGGUCAUCGAGGCCAUUAAGAACGACAAACUCCACCAGAUGGAACGAGACCUAAAAGUCCUGGCUGAGAAGUACAUCAUGACGGCGGCUAAGCUCAUCGCUCCGGCCAUCGAGACUUCUUUUGCCACCGGAUUCGACUGGUGCGUGGACAUGGUGAAGAGUUCUCAGUACGUCGAGCUGGCCAACGACCUGGAGAUUAACAAAGCCAUCAGCUACCUGCGCCAGAAGGACUUCAACCAGGUGGAGGCCGUGGAGACGCUGAAGACCUUUGAGAAGAAGGACAGCCGAGUGAAGAGCGCCGCGGCCACCAACCUCUCCUUCCUCUAUUUCCUGGAGAAGGACUACGAACAGGCCGACCGAUACGCCGACCUCGCCAUGACCGCCGACCGCUACAACCCGGCGGCGCUCAUCAACAAAGGCAACACGGUGUUCAUCAAGCAGGACCACGAGAAGGCCGCCGAGUUCUACAAGGAGGCCCUGAGGAACGACUCCUCCUGCACCGAGGCCCUCUACAACCUGGGUCUGACCUACAAGAGGCUGAAUCGCCUGGAGGAAGCUCUGGACUGCUUCCUGAAGCUCCACGCCAUCCUGAGGAACAGCGCCCAGGUCAUGUACCAGCUGACCACUCUGUAUGAGCUCCUGGAGGAUCCCCAGCAGGCCAUCGAGUGGUUGAUCCAGGUCUUGAGUGUGACCCACACCGACCCCCGGGCACUGGCCAAGCUGGGAGAGCUGUACGACGGCGAGGGGGACAAGUCGCAGGCGCUGCAGUACUACUACGAGUCCUUCAGGUACUUCCCCUCCAACAUGGAUGUGAUCGAGUGGCUCGGGGCUUAUUACAUCGAGACGCACUUCUGCGAGAAGGCCAUCCAGUACUUUGAAAGAGCCACGCUGAUCCAACCCGCCCAGGUGAAGUGGCAGCUCAUGGUGGCGAGCUGCUACAGGAGAAGUGGAAACUACCAGAAAGCUCUGGAAACGUACAAAGACAUCCACCGCAGGUUUCCAGAGAACGUGGAAUGCCUGCGUUUCCUGGUGAGGCUGUGCACCGACAUGGGGCUGAAGGACGUGCAGGAGUACGCCACCAAGCUGAAGAAAGCGGAGAAGAUGAAGGAGAUCAGAGAACAGCGCGUCAAGGCGGGGCGGGAGGGCAGCGCCCGCAGCCGGCGAGAGGGACGGGAGGGCAGCGCCGGCGCCUCCACGCCCGUGCUCGCCUCUCCCAAGAAGGCCGGCGUUGGUACGGAGGCGGAUGUCAAAGCAGCCGGUGCGUCCAGGCACCUCAGCCCGCCGCCGGACUCGGGCAGAGACGCCGGCCACGGCAACACCAAAGGAGAGCGGCUGAGCGCCAAGAUGAGGUCACUUCCUGGUUCCAACGAGCCCUACGAGGCCAACAGCCCCAAGGAAAUAGAUGCGUCCUACGUGGACCCCCUGGGGCCGCAGACGGAGAGACCAAAGACGGGGGCCAAGAAGCGGGUGGAGGGCGACGACUUCGCCGACGAGGAGCUGGGAGACGACCUGCUGCCGGAGUAGCUGCCUCCGUCACCCCGACCCUCCGUCACCCCGGCCCCCCCGACGCACAGUCACUCGUUACUUACUGGUCAUUUACAUCAUAUUUAUUGUUUGUUUAUAUCAUUAAAAGAGAACAUUUUUACUUCUUAA